AUGCCUCUACAAUACCUGCGGACUCUAUUGCGGCCUUUCAUUGCCUCCAGCAUCCCUCGGAUAGCUUUGCGACUCCCGAUAACAUCCUCUACACCCUCCGCGAUCCGACCGUUCUCCGCAACUACAUCCCAAAAUGCUACAUACAACCAAGUGAUGCGCGGCUGUCGCGUGGCGCAAAGAGCUCGGAAGGCAACAUCACCUGCCCUGGUGGAUCGGCCCGAGAUGAAGGGCGUGUGUUUGAAGGUGGGCAUUACGAAGCCUAAGAAGCCUAAUUCGGGGGAGAGGAAGAUUGCGAGGGUUAGAUUGAGCAGUGGGAAGGUUGUCACUGCGUACAUUCCCGGUGAAGGGCACAAUGUGCAGCAGCAUUCGGUAGUCCUGGUACGAGGUGGCAGAGCGCAGGAUUGCCCCGGUGUACGAUACCACCUAGUGAGAGGCGCCAUGGACCUGGGAGGCGUUGGCAACCGGAUCACGUCAAGAUCGAAGUAUGGAACGAAGAAACCGAAGUCAGCUUGA